GGCACUAGGACCGCCCAGACACUGUCUGCAGGCGCGCUUCUCACCCUGUCAGAAGGACUGAGCCGGUUUCGGUGUUACACAAGAGAGCAGCGGGCACCCAGGCUCAGAUUGCCUCUCUUUUGCAGACGAGAAGUGGACGGAAGCAACAGUGCCGUCAAGAAAUGGGCUAGCUAGUCCCCGAGGCUGUGAUCUGGAAGCAUUUGGAGGUGUUGUGUACACGAUUCUAGGAGUGAGAGGUAGAUCCAAGGGACCUCUGGAGCUGCCAUGAGAUUCCUGUGUUCUGUGUAUAUCCUGCGUGUUAAAUAGUUGCUUGGGCAACAUUGUUUACUAAACAACUGUAACAGGAAGGCCACUUGUUUGUCCUGGAUGCCUAGAACCAAAAUAAUCACACAGAACAUCUCAAUGAGAAAGACCAGAGCAUGUUACUGUUAUUUUCCAGAAGGCCUGCCAAGACCAUCACUAUGACUGAUGGAGAUUAUGAUUAUCUGAUUAAACUCCUGGCCCUUGGAGACUCAGGAGUAGGGAAGACCACGUUUCUUUACAGAUACACAGACAAUAAAUUCAAUCCCAAAUUCAUCACUACGGUGGGAAUAGAUUUUCGGGAAAAACGUGUGGUUUACAACACACAGGGAGCAGAUGGAUCUUCAGGGAAAGCGUUUAAGGUGCACCUGCAGCUUUGGGACACUGCUGGACAAGAGCGGUUCCGGAGUCUCACCACUGCCUUUUUCAGAGAUGCCAUGGGCUUCCUGCUAAUGUUUGAUCUCACCAGUCAACAGAGCUUUCUGAAUGUCAGAAACUGGAUGAGCCAACUACAAGCAAAUGCUUACUGUGAAAACCCAGAUAUAGUAUUAAUUGGCAACAAGGCAGAUCUGCCAGACCAAAGGGAAGUCAACGAACGGCAAGCCCGGGAGCUGGCUGAAAAAUAUGGCAUACCAUACUUUGAAACAAGCGCAGCAACAGGACAAAAUGUAGAGAAGUCUGUGGAAACCCUUCUGGACUUAAUAAUGAAGAGAAUGGAACAAUGCGUAGAGAAGACACAGGUCCCGGACACUGUCAAUGGUGGAAGUUCUGGAACGCUGGAUGGGGAGAAGCCAUCAGAAAAGAAAUGUGCCUGCUAGAGACACUGCUAGGAACCUGUGUUGAAGAGUGUACCCAAAUAGUACAUCCUGAAAUAAGGCAAACCACAAGUUGUUGUUGAGUAGAUCACGAGCAAUGGCAUGUCUUUCUCUUCCUGCCCCAAUCUAUUUUAAUAACCCAGAAUAGUCACUAGUAUUAAAAAGAACUGUACUGUCCACCCGAGUCCCUUCCAGAAAAAGGUGAAACCUUUCCUAAAUCACCACCAUGGGUGAUUGGUUGUAUUUGUAUCAAUGAGUAUUAAAAUUAAGCACAUAUUAUUAUCAGCCUGGAGAAAGGAGUAGGCUAACUAAAAAAAAGGAUAUGAAAAGAUGAUUUCUGUUUGCUGCUACUUAUAUGGAGUCUGAUUCAUACUUCUAUAUUUGCACUGGGGAAGACACAUUCCUAAAAAUGGACACCUAACAAAGAAUUCCAUGUGGCUUAUUAAUAAGGCUACAUUUACCCAGUUAGCUGCACUGGUAAGGUUGUGAGUGGAUGAACAUUAGACUUACCAUAGGAAAUUGUGUAAUAAUGCCAUUUUUAUAUUUUUCACAAAUGACAGAAAGACAAGAAUAGGACCGUGGAGGAAAAAGUGUAAGAGACAUUCCCUGGAGAAAAAUUAAACAUGGAAAUAUGGCAGUGGGACAGGUAAAAUUAAAUGGAUCUUUGAGGAAAGUCUGAGAAAGUCACUUAGCCAAAUUUCACUGAGGCAGAUUAGAAGCUGGCAUUACCAGCUGAGACUGAAAAUGCCUCCGAGGAUCCAAUUCAAAUGAUUCAGACUUUUAGCACCGCUCCUCAUGGUGCCCAAGGUCACAUUUUAGUUCUAUUUUUCUAUCAAAUUCUUAUAAAGAGUCACAAGAAAAAAUAAAUCAUAUUUAUUGGAUAUACCUUAGAAAUGUAGUCAAGAAAACUUAAGAUUUAGUCUUAACGUUUCUAAAUAAAAAAAAAAAUGUUGGUGGUAGAAAAUAAAGAGUGAUUGUUAAUUGUGAGUUUUGCUUCAUUUCAAAGCAACUAGAAAUUCUAAGUUGUAUUUUCCCUCUUAACCACACUUACCCCUACGUCGAAGCAGUUACAGCAAUGAAUAUAUGUUCAUGGAUCAAUGACUCCAAAAUAAUUAUGGACCAGUAACUAUGGUCAUCCUGAAUUUUCAUGCCAUCAGUCACCAGAAAUUGGUGAUGCCUCAUUCUUUAUUAUAAUGUUUUUAUUUUGUCAAGAGGAAAAAUAACUAUAGUUGAGAUGUACUUUAGAAAAUAACAGGAAUGGAUCUGUGUUUCAUCUCACUAAAACUACAGUCAGUGGCUUUAUUUUUCCUUGAAGCUGUCUUUUCUUUCUGGAAUUAACCACAGAAUUAUUUACCUUUGACUUACUCUUAUCAUUGUGAAAACUCAUAUUGUAUUAGUUUUAAUUAAUGUUAAUUUGACGUAUAUAUAAGCCAACCCUAUCAAAGUGGUAUUAAAUUUUUUAAUCAAUUUUACCAAUAACAAAGACAAAUUGCUUCAAUGUUUCUUUUUUUUUCUUUUUUUUUUUUUUUGAGCUUGCAGUUGGUGACAGGAUAGUUUCUCGUCCUUUAAAAUGUGUUUCAGUCUUAAGAGUUUGCAUACCUUGCCUGCUUUAAAAGGUUACAAACAUUGCAAAGUAAAACCCGAGGGCCAUCUUAAAACUCUUCCUGCUUACUUCCCUCUGUUGUCCAGUCAGUUUCAGAAACACCAACAGAGCCAAGGACAUGGCGACAUAAAAUGUUUUUAAGAUAAGUUAGGUCCAGAACUGUGCCACUAACCAAAGCAACGUGCAAGCUUGUAAUGUGAUUCACCCUGAGUGAGUUCUCAGUCUAACAGCCCAACACCUCCAACCUCUGUGAUUGAUUCUAGGUUAGUACUCCCUUCCAUUCCCACUGUCUGGGAUUUUCUUCUCGAUCUCAACAUCUGUGUCACGAAGGGAGAGAGCUAACAGUUUGCAGCGUAAAGUGGAAAGAAACGCCCACAGCUGUGGUGAAAUCUGAUGAAUGUCUUGAUAUCAAUAUAUCGAUUUCUGAUUUUGAUUCAGAUUGUGCCAGUAUUUCCACACCAGGGAAUGGUUGAGUCAUAUAAUGGUGAAGGAAUUUCACCUUCCCAUUGGAUGGUUUCUGGCUGUGUUCUAGUUACAUGAUUGAUUUGCUAAUGCCAAGAUUAGCAAGAGUCCUUCAUUGUCAGGAUGAGUAGUUUUCAGGACUUGCUUUAAGAGCAUCAUGGAUUAAUGGAGCAUGAAGCAGAGGGCAAUGGUACCUAUAAAUAUGGAAAUGUGCCUGUAAGAGUGACAAGUAUUGGGUAAUAAACUCAAGAGGGCUGACAUUUCAAACUGCCAACAAUGAAAAUAGUCUACUUAUAAACACUCAGUCUAGAAAUACUUCUGUCUGUAAACUUUGAUGUCUGACUUUGAAAUCUGUUUGACUAUUGUUAGCAAUUCAUUCUCCUAUGAUUUCCAGUUGCUAAUUCAAUAAUUUCAUUAUAUAACUUCAAAUCGACCUGGUGCCGUGAAUAUUCUGAUUUAGAGAAGUUCUUUUUUUGUUUUUGUUUUUGUUUUUUUUUAAUCUCACUACAACAUGUCGGUUCAGCUGUUUCCUCCUCCUAAUUACCUCCCAAAUGCUUUCGGUGAACCAUAUUGUGUUUUGAGAGGUAUACAGUGCACAUGGUACUUCUUUCUGAUACAGAACCCAAGUCUAGACUGUUUACACUGGCUGAUGUUUACAUUGCCCAAACUCAGUGCCUCAAAAACCUCUGUGACCAGUUUCGUCUGCAACCACAUAACUCCGUUUCUUUAGUCUUAGGUCUCCGAAAGCCCUCACAGAGACAAUAAUAUAGUGGAAAGCAAGCUGAUACUGUCAGCAAAGAACGGAAGAACAUUAUUGGAAUCUGGAGAUUAUUACUCCCUUCUCCUAACCUGUCCCACAUUAGACAUUUUUGAGAGCAACCGUAGAUUUUUAUAAUGCUAUUUUUAAUCUAACACAAGAAUGGGCUUUUGAAAAAUAUGCAAAAUAGUGAAGAGAACAUACUAUCGGUCUGAUUAUCCUAACAAGUUGUUACUAGGUGGAGAAAAGUGCUGCGAGCUGGGAGAUGAACUUGGAUCUCUCUAUAAUACUUUCAAAAUUCAUAAUUUACCUCUAUCAAAAUUCAUAAUUUACUACUUUAGCCAAUUUGCUAUCAAUUCACUGCAAAAAAAAAAAAAAGCUCUAUAAAAGCCAGCAGUUUGUAAAGUAAUUAUAUGUCACUUUUUAACCAGAUGAGACAUUCUACGCAUCGGUAGGUGAUUUUGUUCUACUGUACAGCUAUUGCUUGCCAACCUGAACAGAUAAGGUGACUGGUUAAGAGCUUAAAUCAACAUGGUGUUGUCUUUUGUAUCAAGGAAAGAAAGAAAGAAAGAAAGAAAGAAAGAAAGAAAGAAAGAAAGAAAGAAAGAAAAGAGAGUUGCACAUAAAUAACAGCAUAACAACAUUAAAGAUCUGUAAUAACAGCCUCAUCCAAACAUUGAAAGCUCUGGAGUGAGUCUGCUGGGAUUCGAUGGAUUUUAUGGGACUGGCGCAUCUUCUCGUUAGCAUCUGAGGCAGCUCUGUGCAGUGAUGCUGUGUGUGCCUAGACAAAGUGAACAACCAGAGCACCUAUGAAGGAGAUAAUUUACUCUAUACUUCCUAUCUCUUUAGAAAGAAAAAGUAUGCCUUCCUUGCUGUGUAUCACACCCAAAAUGAGGACAAAUUGUCAUCCAUGGUGGAUUUCCAACACUCAAUCUAUAAAGAACUAACACUCUAAGUAUCUGGCUUACUAAGAUAUGUAGUAACUCCUUAAAGGUCUGGGAUAUGUAAGCGGAGAGGUAGGGCAUCUGAGUAGUAUGUCUAGGACUUCGGUUUGGUCUUCAGGCAACAGAGGCUCAGGGAGAAGAAGGGGGAGCUAAGUUUAGCCCAAGUGAUAGAAAACCUGGUUUUUAUUUUCUGCUACCAAGCUUUGCAGCACUGAAAGUGGCAUUUUAUGUUCAGAUAUUUUAUAGAAAGCUUUAUCAUUUUUAAAGAUGCCAAGAAACUCACUGUGGUUGCCUAAGAAUUCACUCUAUAAUAUUUUCUUCCUGAUAUUUGACCACAGUGAUGUCAGGUCAUUUCUCAGGUGACCAGAGAUCUGAGACCCGAUAAUGAGUAUUUGGUAGUAACUGAGAGUUAUCUCAAUACAUGGAGCUGCCUGUCUUAUAGUAUAGAAAUGACAAACACUGUCAGGUAUAGAGAAGAUUUUAUAAAAGAAAAAUAUUGACAUUGAAGUCUUGAGUGGGUCCAACCACAAUGACAUUAUUGAUGGAGAACUAUGAAAGAAAUUAAGAGGGGCUGGAGAGAUGGCUCAGGGGUUAAGAGCAUUGCCUGCUCUUCCAAAGGUCCUGAGUUCAAUUCCCAGCAACCACAUGGUGGCUCACAACCAUCUGUAAUGGAGUCUGGUGCCCUCUUCUGGCCUGCAGGCAUACACACAGACAGAAUAUUGUAUACAUAAUAAAUAAAUAAAUAUAAAAAAGAAAAUUAAGAGUGACAAGCUAGCUUGUUCAGGAAUUUCAAUAUAGGAAAUCAUGAAGACAGCCAUGGGUUCACUUAGGUAGAGAAAAAAAGUUUUAACAUUUUAAAACUAUAUCUGUGGAAAUGUUUUCUUUUUCUUUUUAUCCGCUUAGUGGAGUUUGUGCACUUAGACCUAAGCUAAGCAAAAUGAAAGACUAUCAAAUAUUUAGGAUACUUAGCAAUAUUUUAUUUACUACAUGUAAGUCUGAGAUUCUUAAUAAUUAAUGUUUUCAUUUUCAAGCAGUAAUAUUUAAAGAUACUUUAUUGCCAUGUUCUAUAAACCAAUAGUUUAUGACUGAGAUGUUUUGUAAUUUCAUAUAUGAAAAUAUCAUUAAGAAAAAAUAAUGAGAAAAAAAACUAAGGUAAAACAUUAGUACCAAAAUGGUAGAACUACUUAAAAGGAUGUCAAUUUUCAGGAAUGCUUUUGGCUUAAAUUUGCUUCUCUGCCUGUGUUCCUUUCUAAGAGGUCAUCUACACUGUGUCUAGUGCCUCUUGGCUAACUUAGUCGUUCAAGAUGCUUGGUAAAUCCUACAGGAGCCAGCACAUCUGGCCUUCACUGAAUGGCUUUCCAAUUAACCAGCAACUGUUGUCCACAUGUCAAACGCUAUAUAUAGGAAGGGACUUAUUCAUAUAUGCUUAUCAUUUUGUUCCAUAUGACUCUUGCCCAUAUGUUCUUUGAUGGAGAGUCUGUGGUAGUAAAUAAAAUGGCCAGAAAAGACAGCUUCAGGACCAUGUGGUUUCUCUCAUACAGAGCUUAACGAACAUUGAGUAACUCAUAGGGUUCAAGUUAGGUUCGAAAGAAAUGGUAUGAAACUGUUCCCUUUCAUAAACAGACACCAUUAUCAUAAACUAAGAAUAAUAAAUUUGUUUCUAACUUGGGCCACUUGUCAUUUUAAGAUGAACAGCAGAACCAUCACAAUAAUUGAAGUAGGCUGCUAAAUGGAUUGUCAGUCACCUUGAGGUCACUAUAUUUGAUUGAAAAUGUAGACUGUAUCUUACUGUAGAAAAAUGGGAGCUUUGUUUCGAUUAAUGUGUCAUCUUGUAUUUCUUUCAAGGAGACCAGUUAGAUUCAACGUAGGAUAUUACAAGUUGGUUAAAAACCCCAUGUACAAAUAAAAUUUUAUGUCUAAAGGAUUCUUGCAUUUGAACUUAAGAAAAAUAAAUUAUCCUGCUUUACUUUAUAGGCUAAAAGUAGGUUUUUCUGACAACACUGAUAUGAAGUGUUUCAUGGUAUCUCGGCAAUUUCCGUUCCAGUAAUAUUAUCCGUGUCUUUAACCUGAGCAUGUUUGUUUUGUCUGCUUUCUAUACAGAUCUCAGUUUUGUCUAAUGCUUUCAGUGUAACUGAAGACUUUGAGCGUGGAUUUUCCAAUCCAGGCAGUGGUUCCUGACAAACACUGUUAGGUCAUUAUUUGUCGUAUCAAAGUUCCAGUGGCUUCAGAAAUCAUAGCCGCCCAUAAGUUUGUGAUGUCUGGGUUUGAGUAGUAUUGUUGAGAACUGUACGUAGUGACUGUUCCUGCACACUUUUCAAAUAAAAACAUGUUUUUAUCAA